GAUGACUUACGGCUAAACCGCAACUCAAACUCUUCGGUCAUUACUCCGUUUGGGGAAGCAAAUACGCUAAUCUAACACUUACCGAAAACUCGUUUUCGUUCGAACAGCUAAACGUGCAAAAACACAAACAGAUGGGGAGCAGACUGGGAAGAAGAGUGGUUAACUUUGCAAACCUUCCGAUCAAGCUCCUCAUGCCCACUAGUUUCACCAACAUCAGAGAAAUUGCCUUAAAAACCAUUCCUUCAGCCUCCAAGAUUGAAAUCAAGCGAGUCCUUGAAUCCCUAUAUGGCUUCGAGGUCGACAAGGUCCGUACUCUUAACAUGGAAGGGAAGAAGAAGAAGCGCGGUGGAAUACUACUAGCGAAACCUGACUACAAAAAGGCCUACGUUACUUUGAAGAACCCUCUUUCUGUAUCUCCUGAUCUGUAUCCACUAAGGAUUAUUGAGGAGGAGAAGGAGAGAAUGAACAAGCAGAGGAGGUCUAGUAUUGUGGAAGAUGGUGAAGGGAAAAAGCAUUGGCUGGACGGAAAGAAGGAAGAGAGAGUUGGGAGUGAGAAAGGAAGAAGGAGAGAUCGUGGUGGUGUUGGUGACUUUACCGUGGAGAAGGCCAAGUUUCCAUGGAGCAGCAUGAGGAGUGCUAGUAGAUCUGUUGGAAUCUGGGAAGUAAUGUACCUGCAUGAUCCCAUCAACACAAAGAGAGUGAGUAAGCUACAUACCAAAUGCUUGAAAAAAUGACUGAAAGAGCAAAAGAGAAAAGUGAACUAUGCCAAGGUAUUCUGAGUUUGGUUCAGGCAUUCUCUAGAAACAAACACAUGCUAUAGCUAUAGCUGUCUUCAAACCAAUUUUAAUUGCUGGGUUGAGAAGGCUGAACCAUGCUUUAAUGAAUUCUAGCUAUACCAUGAUUGUUCCUUCUUCCCAAAGCUAUCAGCCAAAGCAAUGACGUUGGAUGGAACUAGGAUGCCUUGCUCGUAAACUUGAUCAAUACUAUCGGAGUCACUCCCCGAGUUCUGUGGCCG